AUAUUUUUGACAACCAACAGCGGCGGUAGAUUUGACGUUUAUAUUUUGUAGGUUAUGUUAUUGCUGUUAGGAAAAUAUUUUUAUUACCACAUUGAUUUUUGAACCCAAUAUACAAAAGCAAAAUGUUACCACUCUCCCUAUUAAGAACCGCUCAAAAUCAUCCCAUGCUAGUAGAGUUGAAAAACGGAGAAACCUACAACGGUCACUUGGUCAGUUGCGACAACUGGAUGAAUAUCAAUCUACGCGAAGUGAUCUGCACUUCCAGAGAUGGGGACAAGUUUUGGAGGAUGCCCGAAUGCUACAUCAGAGGCAGUACCAUCAAGUAUCUCCGUAUUCCAGAUGAAGUGAUUGAUAUGGUGAAGGAAGAGGCCAUUGUGAAGAAUAAAGGAAGGGGUGACUCCAAGGGAAUGAGGGGAGGCCAAAAUCAAAGAAAUAGGCCUGCAGCUAGGGGGAACUUUGGAGGUCGUGCUGGGAAGGCACCUGGACAAGGUGGAGGAAACCGUCCAUUCCAAAAACAGAAACCAAAGCAAUAGCUUAAGUUUGUGGACUUACUAGUAUUAAUUCAAUUACACACAGACUUUUCUCAAUAAUAACUAUUUGGUUUUGUCAUUUAUUAUUUUCCCAUUUACCUGUUUUAUGACCUAAUCAUGUAUGGUGUGUCCCACUUUUUAAGUAUUGCCUUGUAGAAAAAACAGUUGUGUACAAAAGUUAUAUGGUCUAACAUGAAAGAUGUUCUUGUUAAAAAGUGCUUUUGAAUGAAGUUCUAUUGAAAAAAAAA